GGCGGACCUGAGCACGUUUUGAGCUGUCACUUGGAGAACUUUCUUUCCUGUUGAACAAAAGUGUCUCUCUGUCGGUCCAGUUAUGUGUUAUAGCCAUGUCCCUGUUUGGAAAGACCAUAAAGAAAUUUAACAAUCAAGACUAUAAGAAGUUGAAAAAUGAGGCUGUCAGUUCUGGAUGCUUGUUCACAGACAGUUCAUUUCCGCCCUCAAAGAAUUCAUUGGCAUUCAAAGAGCUGCCUUCAAAUGUGCAGUGGAAAAGACCGGGGGAACUGCACUAUGCCCCACAGCUGCUAGUCGAAGGUGCUGAUGAUGACGAUUUCCAACAGGGGGAGCUGGGGGACUGUUGGUUUGUCGCUGCGUGUGCCUGUAUUGCCAAUUCAAAGAUUUGGAAGAAGAUCAUACCAGACUAUGAGGAACAAGAAUGGCCUUCCGAGAAGAGGAAGAAAAAUAAAUAUGGCGGCAUUUUUCACUUUCGACUCUGGAUAUUUGGUGAAGUGACUGACGUUGUGAUUGAUGAUUAUUUACCAACUCGGAAUGGUCAUCUGAUUUAUGUGCAUUCAAGUGCCAAGAACGAGUUUUGGAGCGCACUGCUUGAGAAGGCGUAUGCCAAAUUAUUUGGAAGCUAUGAAGCACUUGUCGCUGGCAUCUCCUCCGAUGCUCUCGUCGACUUGACCAGUGGUGUCGGCCAUAUCAUCAACAUGGAAGACUAUGUCAUGUCUGAGGCAGGCCGGAAUGAGUUGUUUGAUAUCCUAGAUGACUGUAUGGACCAGAGUUCUUUCAUUAAUGCCAGCAUACCAGCAAAUGGCAAAAGUGAGAUGGAAUUGAGGACAGAAGUUGGGCUGGUAAAAGGCCAUGCCUACAGCAUUACUGCUGCUAAGGAUAUCAAGAUCGGCACGGGUCUGAUGGCGGUAUUCAGUAAGGAACGGAUCAAAAUGGUGAGAUGUCGCAACCCGUGGGGUGGGACUGAGUGGACCGGGGCAUGGAGUGAUGGGUCAGAAGAAUGGAAGAAAGUCAGUAGUGCUGAAAAGAAACAACUUGGCCUGGUAUUUGAUGAUAAUGGGGAAUUCUGGAUGUCCUAUGACGAUUUCUGCAAGUACUUCGAAAGAAUUUAUAUCUGUCACAUGUUCAACACAUCAGUUCUGUCCAUCAAGAAGACGUGGCACGAGACGAUACUCCACUCGGAAUGGGCGAAACCAGAUCGGGCCGGUGGCUGUGGCAAUCACCGGUCGCAUCUGCUGAACCCUCAGUUUGUUUUUGAUAUCGUGAAGAAGAAGGACGAUGUUGUGAUCUCAUUGGAGCAGGAGGAUGCACGGGUAAACAAGCAUCUUGGGAAGACUGCAGCGACCAUUGGCUUAGUUGUUUACAAGGCUGACCUAAACAGGAAGUACCGAAUGCACGACAAACUGAAAUACGUUGGCAAAACGGCGUUCAGCAACAACCGCGGUUGUUAUACGAAGAUUCAGCUCACCAGAGGGCGCUAUUUGAUUAUACCAACGACCUUUGACCCUGGACAAGAGUUGAAGUUCAUGCUGAGAAUAUACGUAAGCAAGAAUCCUAAUGCUAUUGAGCUAAUCUAUGAUGAGCCACAGCUGCCCCAACAGCCAUCACUCUGCUGUAUAUCACCGCCCCGGACUAAGUCAAUUUUAGCUCAGAUUGAAGUCGUCAAAGCAGAGGGAUUAGAAAAACAGGAUAGAGUUGGAGGCGCUGAUCCUUACUGUGUGUUUACCUGCGAGGGAGAGAAAGUCACUACAUCAGUUGUCGAGGACACUUUGGACCCAGUUUGGGAUGAUCGAAUCACGUUCUACCAGGUGUAUCAUAAUAGUGAAAUCACAGUCGAGAUCAUGAAUGAGAAUGUCGUGCGAGACAAGUUUAUGGGCGGCUGUGUGUUUACGUCCACGGAAUGUGACGAACUGCACACGUGGUACAGCUUUACAUUGUCGCUAUAUGGGAAGGGAAAAGAAGGGAAAGAUGAAGAAAAAGAGAAAGUCAUGCCAGGAAAGUUGUGCAUCAGGAUGAGGACGAGUUAUGAUCUAGCUAAGUACUAGCUGAAUCAUGUUCAGUGAAACCGCUUGUCUGCCGAGGACACUGAUUUUUGAUCCCAUUGCACUUCAGUCUGACCUAUGUAUUGAGGACUAGUUAGUCUCAAGAGUGUCCUUGAUACAGAGGUUCUACUUUUCCAUUACAAGCCUCCCUUGUGGGAUCAUCUCUUGGCAGGAUGUCAACCGCAGCUCCUCAGCGAGUCUGUCUAAGGCUUUGUAAUGGAAAGCUCUGGCUGUACCUCAACCUGUGGUAGAAAAUGUUGCAAAAGGCCUAAAGUGUCGCAAAAAGCACUGUCUUAGAUAUGCUGGAAAGCUUUUGCUGCUUACUAUAGGUUUUUUGGUCUUUGGAUAAGAAACAUAGAAAUAAGUUGAACUGAGUUUUUACAUCUAAUUGAUUUUAUACGACUGUUUACAUACACAUGUGGUCAUUUACACCUACACCUGCGACUAUGGUGUGUUUAUUAUACCAGCUUGUGCCAUGUCAUUAUUCUACAUUGUUGAAUAUUGAUGCUACAUUGUUAUACUCCCAUCGUCUGUUUACAAAUUAGAAUGCAUUCCUCAUCCACUGUUUCACUUGAUCAGUCUGCCGAUGAUCAAAUUUAACCACUUUGCCACCACCCUGGAGAAUCGAUUCCCCAGAUUGCAGAGAAUCAGGUUGGCCUUCCAGCUCGGUAAACUGACCUGUUCUGGGAAAGAAAUUCUGGGCUAUUUCGUUUUUAAAUAUUCCUAUGUAUCAUCAGUAGAGCAGACUUUUGGCAAGUAGGUUAGCGAGUGUUAUACGUUUUAGCCCAAAAUGAUUUCAGUUCAACAGUGUUUUACUGAAAUCAGUUUCAGUUCAAGUUUGAUCCAAAAUGAUAUCAGCUCAAUUUUCAGUUCAACUGAAAUAGGGCCAUACACUAUACCAAAAUGAUUCUCAGAAAAGUGCCAUAGUCAAGGUGCAAUGCAGAGUGUAGUCUUAUUUUACAAAUUAAAUACUUUAUAAAUGUUGUACGCAUAUAUUUUAGCGACCGCCAAGGUCGUUGUUGUUUUUGGAUACAUGUUUUUGGCCUAUGUAUGUUUUGGGCCUUUGAAUCUCACCCAGGAUGUUUUCACAAAUUUUAGUGAAGUUGCUCAUACAAACUGGUAAAUUUCUCACAAUUUUCCUUUACUGUUCUCAUAAAUAAAUCCGUCCAUACACCAAGAAAAACAUUUAAGAUUCUUGGUUCACGUAUGUUGUUUGUUGUUUGUCUUCUAAUGUGAAAGCAAUUGCUUAUACAAACAGAAUUUCUUAGAAUUUUCUUUUAUAAUUCUCGUAAGUAAAUCCGUCCAUUCAGACUACAUUUUAUUUUUUUCUGAAUAAAUACACGCUUUUACUGAUUCAAA